GGUGAAGCGAGGGAGGCUUCGGCUGGGGAAGGGAGAAAGGAGCGGAUCUGUGGGGCUUAGAGGAAGAGGGAUGAAUUCUCCUCCGGGAGGUCCGAAGAAGGGGUCGGGGCCCUGGGGGAAGAAUGGCCGUGAGACCAGCGCUUAUAAAAGGAGCGGGAGGUGGAUCUUAGAAAAACAAUUCCAUCUUCUCCAAAUUAUUCCAAAGAUACAGUUUGAGUUUCUUCUCGUAAUCUGAUUUCUAGCCUGUGCUGUAUCAUGGAUGGGAUAUUUCAGUGUUUCUGUUUUCCCGAGCGUGAAAAUGGAGAUGUUAAUUGCCCGGCAAUGUGUUGCUUGAGGCUGUUCAUCUGGAGCUGUUUUAGCUGGAAAUAAUAUAUUGCUUGAGAGUAAUAAAGCAAAUUUUACUUAGAGAAAGAUGAGCAGUAUUUUAAAAGCGGAACAGAGGGUUUUCGUUGCCAUCAUAUGAUCAUCACCUUUACCUUAACUUCUGGCCACGGUCUGUCGCUAAGAUGAGCACCCGCCCUUCUUUUGACCCUGAACGUCGAGUCCGGAGCACGUUGAAGAAGGUCUUUGGGUUUGACUCUUUUAAGACACCUCUACAGGAGAGUGCGACCAUGGCCGUAGUGAGAGGUGACAAGGAUGUCUUUGUGUGCAUGCCCACAGGGGCAGGAAAAUCCCUUUGCUAUCAGCUCCCUGCUCUGUUGGCCAAAGGCAUCACCAUUGUAAUCUCUCCACUCAUUGCUUUGAUUCAGGACCAAGUAGAUCACUUGCUGGCUCUGAAGGUACGAGUGAGUUCCCUGAACUCUAAACUCUCAGCACAGGAGAAAAAGGAGCUGCUCUCUGAUCUAGAGCGAGAAAAGCCAGAGACCAAACUUCUGUACAUUACGCCAGAGAUGGCGGCUUCGGCCUCUUUCCAGCCCACGCUGAACUCACUGGUGUCCCGUCACCUGCUCUCCUACCUGGUGGUGGACGAAGCUCAUUGUGUUUCUCAGUGGGGGCACGACUUCCGUCCUGACUACUUGCGUCUGGGUACCCUCCGUUCCCGCCUGGCGCAUGCCCCGUGUGUAGCUCUGACUGCCACAGCCACCCCGCAAGUCCGAGAGGAUGUAUUUGCUGCCCUGCACCUGAAGCCGCCAGUUGCCACCUUCAAGACUCCCUGCUUUCGGGCCAACCUGUUCUAUGACGUGCAGUUCAAAGAGCUGCUUUCUGAUCCCUACGGGAACCUGCGGGACUUCUGCCUUAAGGCUCUUGGACAGAAAGCUGGUAAAGGGUUGCUGUCCGGCUGCGGCAUUGUCUACUGCAGGACCAGAGAGGCUUGCGAACAGCUGGCCACGGAGCUCAGUUACAGGGGACUGAGUGCCAAGGCUUACCAUGCAGGGCUGAAGGCUUCCGAAAGAACACUGGUGCAGAAUGAGUGGAUGGAGGAGAAGGUCCCUGUCAUUGUUGCAACCAUUAGUUUUGGGAUGGGAGUGGACAAAGCCAAUGUCAGGUUUGUCGCUCACUGGAAUAUUGCCAAGUCUAUGGCUGGGUACUACCAAGAGUCUGGCCGGGCAGGCAGGGACGGGAAGCCUUCCUGGUGCCGUCUCUAUUACUCCAGGAACGACCGGGACCAAGUCAGUUUCCUGAUCAGGAAGGAAGUAGCAAAACUCCAGGAAAAGAGAGGGAACAAAGCGUCUGAUAAAGCUGCUAUCCUGGCCUUUGAUGCCCUGGUGACCUUCUGUGAAGAACUGGGGUGCCGCCAUGCUGCCAUUGCCAAGUACUUUGGGGAUGCGCCCCCUGCCUGCACCAAGGGCUGUGACCACUGCCGGGACCCUGUGGCCCUGCGGAAGCAGCUGGAGGCCUUGGAGCACAGAAGCAGCUGGAACAAGACUUGCAUCGGGCCUUCUCAGGGGAAUGGCUUUGACCCUGAGCUGUAUGAAGGAGGCCGCCGGGGCUAUGGGGGCUUCAGCAGGUACGAUGAAGGUUCUGGAGGCAGUGGGGAUGAGGGCAGAGACGAGGCCCACAAGCGGGAGUGGAAUCUCUUCUACCAGAAGCAGAUGAGCCUACGCAAGGGCAAAGACUCCAAGACAGAAGAAUUUGUACCUCCAGAUGAGGACUGUCCCCUGAAAGAGGCUUCCAGCAGGAAAAUCCCGCGCCUCACUGUGAAGGCCCGGGAGCACUGCCUGGGGCUUCUGGAGGAGGCUCUGAGCAGUAACCACCAGGCCACAGGUCCCACCCAUGGACCUGAUCUCCAGGCCAGGGCUGUGGAGCUGGAACAUGCCAUGUUCCGAAAUGCCAAGGCAGCCAACCUGUACAAGGCCAGCGUGCUAAAGAAGGUGGCUGAGAUCCACAGAGCCUCCAAGGAUGGGCAGCUCUACGACAUGGGAGACGCUGCCAGGAGCCGCAGUCCGCCGGCCCGGGCCCCGGAGCCCACCGAGUAUGACAUCCUGCCGGCUUCCCAGGUGUACUCGGGAGUGCACUCAGAACCUUUCUCUUCUUCACAGCCCAAACCCAGGCGGGUGGGAGCUGGUUUCCCCAGAGGCUCCUGCUCAUUCCAGACGGCCACUGAGCUGAUGGAGAAGACGUGUGCUAAGGAGCAAGUCCCCCAGCCUGUGCGGGAAAGUGAGCAGGGGCCCCCCAGCCAGCCCUGUGGCCUCCAGCGGGAGGGCUGUAGUGAGCCCCUCCCCGGGCCCAGAGGAGAGGCCCCUGGAAGCAGCGCUCCUUGUGGGAGGUCCUCCCCUGAGACGGUGAAGAGCUCGUCCACGAAGGCCGGUGCCAAGGCCCGGGCCAGCAAGCAGCAGCAGCUCCUAGCCGCGGCGGCCCUUAGGGAUUCGCAGAACAUCGCCCGCUUCUGCCAGAGGGCCAAGAGCCCAUCUCCCCUCACCUCAGCCCCAGGGGCAGAAGGUGCCGGCCCUUCCUGUGAGGGAGUGCGGGGUCCCCCAGCAGCCCCAGAAAAGUGCUCAGGAGAGGAGGAUGGAGCCCUGGGGUGUUCGGCUGUGCCCUCCCAGACCAAGGAGUGCACCAGGGAGAGGCCAAGAGCCUGCACACUCAAAAGAGACCAGGACCCCCCUGAAGGCCAGCCCACCCCCUCAGAGGAGAUACACAGGGGCAAGCGGUCCAGACCCCAGCAGGAGAACCCAGAGAACCAGGCUCAGAAGAGGCCUCGCCCCUCAGCUAAUGCCUCCAUCUUAGCCGAGGCCAAGGACAGCAUCUCGGCCAGCAAUCCGGGCAUCUUGAACCCCACAGUGCAAGACUCCUGCCUUCUCCCAGCCCCUGGCAUCUCCCUCAAGGAGGCCGCAAAUGUUGUGGUCAAAUGCCUGACUCCUUUCUACAAGGAGGGCAAGUUUGCAUCCAAGGAAUUAUUUAAAGCCUUUGCCCGCCACCUCUCACACUCGCUGACUCAGAAGGCCUCUCCUGGAAGGAGCGUGAAGGAAGAGGCCCAGGAUUUCAUCAAGCAGUUUUUUCACGGUCGGGCCCGGUGCGAGAGUGAAGCUGACUGGCACGGUCUGUGUGACCCGCAGAGAUGACCAGCUCCUACCCGCUAGGGCCGGAGUGCUCCCCCGCCUCAGCUGUGGGCCAGCCUGGGCCUCACUCAGGAACAGGGAGGGGGGAAGCCUGCAGCCGUCAGGGGCACCAGCUUUGCUCAGGGUCCGUGUCUUCCAGCCAUGUUUGGAGAUGGCCCCCGUCACCUCCCAAAUCAAGGCCAAAGGCUGGAACUAACCACUUUCUGCUUGCAGGGUCCGAGGGCUUCCUCCUCCUAGCCUCCCUGCCUCUCUCAGCUGGGUUUUCUGAACCAGAUCCACAGAUUAGAAGGGGGCGGGGUGGGGGUGGUGGCUGCUGCCAGAGGAACAGGAGGAAAGAGUGGUCCCUCUGCCUCUUGUGGUUGAAUUGUAGGCCAGGGUGAGGCCACCAGUCCAAGGCCCAGGGCCACUUCAGGAAGAGCCCUGCUGGCCUCGGGUUCUGGGCCCACUAGCCCUUUCCCUCAUGAUGCCAGCUUCCGGCCUGGCCCCAGGUGCAGAGCUCGGGAGCAGGGGAGCAGCUGGGCCCUGCUCUCUGCUCAGCUCCUGGUCAGGAAGGCUGGGCUGGACAGAGACUUAGCAGAGAAAUAAAGUCCUGUUGGAUUUGAGACACGCACGCCCACAA